AUGUAUAAGAAACAGAAGGUUGGAGCAAUCAUUAAAGAAAUGUACAGAUUAAUAUUUGUGGUCAAGUAUGUGGACAGACACCAGAUCGGGAUAAUUGAAGUGGUUUGCAAUGAUCAUCUGGGCAAAAAAGUGAGAGUCAAGUGCAACUCUGAUGACACCAUUUGGGACCUGAAAAAGCUCAUAGCUGCUCAGAUUGGAACUUGGUGGGACAAGACUUUGCUAAAGAAAUGGUACACAAUUUUCAAGGACCAUGUGUCACUGGCAGACUAUGAAAUCCAUGAUGGCAUGAAUCUAGAACUAUACUAUCAGUAAUUUGUUUGUGGCAGAUUUCAUGUCUGCCAUGGUCUCUCUCUCUCUCUCUUUUCAUUUCUAAUUUCAUUGAAACUAUCAAUGGCUUGUUUAGUGGCAUGAAUUGUGGCUAGUAAUAUUUUUAUCCCUUAUGGCAAUAAACUAGAAGACAUGUAAAAAAAAAAA